AUGGACCUCAACAACGAAACCUUCCUUGUCACAUUCAACAACGAUCAAGACUACCUUCAAGCGCUCACUGGCGGUCCGUGGGAGAUCCUGGAUCACUACCUAGUCGUUCAUCAAUGGACGCCGACGUUUCGUACAUCAGAUAAACCCCACCGAUCCGUGGUAGCCUGGGUUCAGCUACCGGAGCUGCCCGUUCAUUUCUACCAUCGGGAGGUCUUAUUCGCUCUCGGUAACCUCAUUGGGCGUACUGUGAAAUUGGAUUAUCAUACAGAGAUGUUACAGAGGGGAAAGUUUUCAAGGAUUGCUGUAGAGCUCGAUAUGACUAGACCAUUGCCAACGAGAAUCCGACUCGACGGCGCCUGGCAACAAAUUUUGUACGAAAACCUCCCUCAAAUUUGUUAUGAGUGUGGACGAAUCGUACACACGGAAGAUAGAUGCGCGACGAAAGUUAAGAUGAUUCAACAAUCUGACAACAUGGCGACGGCGGGGCAACAACCACCGGAAAAUCUGCAACCGGAGCCUCCCGCCGGCUACGGGCCAUGGAUGCAGGUCACGCGGAAGAGUCGGAAGAAUUCCUAA